CUGCAGUCCUGGAGUCGCGUCUCAUCCGCUGAACAAGUGCGUGGUUUACCUCAGGACUGCUGUGUCCGUCGUAUCGCCUGUGGCGAGUCCAGCUGCUUCUUGCUUCUAGCUUCCGCAAGGGAGACGAAGAAUGUGGAGACUGGCGAAGGCAUCUACUCCUGGGGUCGCGGUUCAUCUGGUACGCUGGGACACGGUAAUAACGAAGACGUCUACGUGCCGAAAAGAAUCCUCUUACCUGUCUUGCCGUCCGGAGGAGGGACUGGGACUGGUGGUGCGGCUACUACAGCUGGUGGUAGUGCUACAUGUGGUGCAUCUACAACGGUAGGCUCUGGAGGUUCUGGUGGUGGUGCGGCUACUACAGCUGGUGGUAGUUGUAGUGGUGCUACUAAUGCUGGUGUGGAUGCUGGUCGUAGUGCUUGUGGUGCUGGUGGCGCCAAUGCCAGUGUUCUCUCGCCUUCCCCACGUGACACUGCUACUCCAGACAGGAAGACUGUUGUUGCAGGUCAAGACCUCUUGUCUCCAGCGGCUAGGGAGUUGCGCACAACCCUACUAGGAACUGAAGCUGUCGUCGUUGAAAACAAGGGGGUGAAGAGAAGAACCAGUCUCAAAAAAGUCACCAUUGCUGCAGUAGGUUCUAGCACAAGCACAGCGACAUGUUCCCCUACAGGAGCAAGUGUAAAAAAGUCAUCUUCGAAGGCGGGCGUAUUUUCUGCUAUAUCCUCUUCUAGAAACGCCACAUCAAGGUCAACGAGAGCUACCCGAACGUCGACUACAGUCGCGAGUAGAAGAUCACCACGAGACACGACUCAACAUUCUUCCGUACGAGACACGACUCAACAUUCUUCAUUAAGGCUCAACUGUCACUGAGAUCGAAGAGGCGACCCCUUGAGAGAACAGGGGAAAACGAAGGGAAAGGGGAGAGCUUUGAAGGGGGUCCCUUCCGUUCAGAGUCAGUGACCACUGAAGGCUGCGCUUUAACUUCAGUACUACAUCAUCAAAUUUCUACUUCAUCUUCUUCGGGUGGUAGUGUGUCCAACAAGAACACUUUUGUCGUCUCUGGAGGCGCACGAGACAUCAGUCGUGCAACAUCCAACGCCGUGACUCAAAUGAGUGCUGGACGAGCCCACUUCUCCUUUGUUUCCGGCGGUGUCCCAUACACUUGCGGUCACACGGAUGAAGGACGUCUUGGUCGGAUGGGUAGGAAUGGGGUGCCACUGCCAGUACAGUUUGGCUCUUCUCAACCAGGUCACCAACCAGGUGGACUAGGAGACUUAUGGGCUGAUACCAUUUGGUUUUGGAUUAUUUGUUAGAUUGUUGAUGUGGAAUCGGUGUCGUGUUUGAAAGGCAGCUUUAAUAGAUUUACAGAUUUCGAAUUUCAGGCUGGGCCUUCUCGACGCUACAGGUACUGGUUCGUUUCUAGUAUAAUCGGCAAGCAUCAUAGCUGCUAUACCUACAAAUCAUAAACAAGUGAACCCUCGCUCUUUUUCUAACAAUAGCAUCAGUAACGCACCAGCAAAGUGAGACAGGCCAUCCAACCUCACCAGGUGGACCAGCUUCGUCGAUAUUUGCGCGUACGAUCGCUGCUGGUGGGGCUCACACAGGCAUUAUUGCCAAAUUAGUAGAGGAAGGAGACGAACCUGAACCACAAUCAGCUUCUAGGAAGGUCACCCACACUCAAACUCAAAGUCGCUUAGGUCAAGUGGAAACAGCCAGCAAGGAUUUGGUCGUUUACCUGUGGGGUUCGAACCGCUAUGGGCAGCUUGGUCUCGGUUCAGCAGGUGGUUCGCAUCAGAGCGUCCCAAGACGCGUCUCGUUUCUAGACGGCAAAGGCGUGGUGGUUUUGUCUCUCGGAGAGCGACAUUCGUGUGCACUCACCGUGUAUGGUCUGCUCUAUAGUUGGGGAGGCAACGACAGCGCGCAGUUGGGUAGUGGAGUGACAUCGGACGUAAGUACCAUAGGACGUAGCGGAGACUAUCGAUCCUUGCCUGCGGUAGUCGAG